CAGACACAGAGCUUGCUGGUGCACGCAGACAGAAGGGGGUGCGCUCAUACGGCGCGCGUUCACGGAGACUCGGAGCCCCACGUGUGCACGCCCUGCGCUGCUGACACCCGAGCACAGAGCUAGCAGCAGCAGCAGCAGCAUGGCCGGGCUGCUUCACCCGCAUAGGGGCAGCCACUGCUGCACCGCCACGGCUGUCAACCUCCUGCUGGGGGUCUUCCACGUCCUGCUGCCCUGCUUUCGGCAAGGAGGGGGGCAAGUCAUUGAGCCGGUGCCCAGCAUGGUGGAGCUAUGGCAAGCCGAAGAUGCAGAGCUGAUGCUUCCCACACAGACUGACUCUUCUGGUCAGAAUGCUGGGGAACAUGCGCAAGAACAAUCUUUCCCAAGGCCUAGUGGGAGGGCUUUACACCUGCAACCUUCAGUUCUGGAUUUUGGGGCGCAGUCCGUGGGAGUCCCCAAAUCCCAGUCCUUCUGUGCUUUUAACCCAGGUUGGGACACAGUUGUUGAAGUGAAUUCUGUGUUUACAAACGGAAGACCUUUCCAUGUGUCUACCAUACAGAGCAGGGUAAUCCCAGCUCGAGGCAAAGCCUCGUUUACAGUCGUGUUCUUCCCAGAGGAGGAGGGAAAUUUCGAAGGUUCUUUAUUUCUGAAUACUUCCUCCCAUGGAGUCCUGUCCUAUCAAGUCUUUGGGUUGGGAACCUCAAAGUCCGCAUCUAAUGAUUCCAAGAAUCCACUUCAGAAUAUAGAUGUGAUAUUCCCACUUAUUGAAAAUAUUCAUCUUUCACAAUCACAGGCAGAAGCCAUAAAUUCUAGUGUGUGGCAAGUCCGGUUAAAAUGCAGCGUUCCUUUUAAAAAGCACCAGCCGUGUAAGAGCUGCUUUCUGUCUGGACCCACACUGCUGCUGCAGAUCUAUUUUGCUGUCAGGCUGGAUGGCGGCCAACAGGACUUAGAGACUCUCAGGAAGUACAUACUAGAGAAUAUUUUUAUGAUCUUUGUUACAGCUGACAAAAAUGGAGAUAUUGAUGAGUCCUUAAUGAGCAUAUAUGUUUUGAAUUCGGGGAAUGGUCUGGUUCAUAUGCAGGAUAUUCAUCAUUUUCUUGGAGAUAGUUUGUCAGUCCAUUUUGAACCUGUAAUGCUUCUGAGCUCUUCCAUUAACUUCACUAAAGCUGCCACAAUUAUGUGUUCCGCUACUGCGCGAGACUCUGCAUUUGACUGUUCAGAAGAAAAAAAGAUGAACGUUGUGGAAGCUGCUUCUCCUCCAUACUUGUGUAUUUCUCCCAAUUUAACAGAGGGAUAUCUCAAACUUGAUACUUCCAAGGUGGAUUUUUAUAUGCAGCCGCUCCAAGACCCUGUUGGCUUAUAUUCGAUUUGGUUAGAAAAUGGCCUAAGUUUUCCUAUUGCUGUCACAGACGUUCUCAUCGCUGAAGAAGCAAAGAGUUUCUUUAAGAUCCUUAACUUUUCCCAUCUUGCAAAGUUGCCCCCUGGCUGCUGGGAUGUGUUUACAUUGAAGAUCCAAGCCAAAGACACACGGUUCAAUUAUCUGACUAAAAUAAGGAUCGCAACCUCUAUAGGUGUCACAUUCAAGGUUCCAAUCCACAUUCAGUCUGUGCUAUCUGAGCCAGGGACCAUACCUCUUAGGUUUCACGCACAAUGCGGAUUGCACCCUGUAAUCAAGAACCUUGACGCAGAAGACAUGCUACGCUGGCAACAAUCAUUUUCAUUGGGAAUGUCUGCUUGGAGUAUAGAUUAUGAGUUGGGAUCAGAACUUUAUGAAAAAUAUCAGAAAAUUCAAGAUGAAGAGAACUGCAGAAAGAAAAGUUUGGAGAGUAUUAAUUCUCCCCAGCAAAAGAGAGACACUUAUAGACCCUUCAUGCUUCUUCCGCAGUUGAUUUCUGAACCUGGUCUUGUGGUGACGUUUACAGCAACUGCACUAAAUAACAAUUCGGUCGAUUAUGUGACACUAAAGAACCCUUCUCCCUUCUCUGUGACUGUACAGCUUCUACCUCUAUCCCAGUAUCCCAAUCCUCAAGCUGUGUUGGGUCUGCUUAACAAAUGGUAUGGUGUAAUUGAGCAGUCUAUUGAUGUCACGACCGCUGAAUUCCGCCUCCAGAAUGAAUGCAAACAAAUGCAAGACGAAUUGAAGGAGUGCACCUUUGAAGUUCUUGAAUUACAGUUGGAGCCUUGGGAAAGUCGGAGAGUUGGAAUAGUCUUUACACCUUUGGACUAUAAAAAAGUCACUUCACUUAUAGUAAUCAGGAACAAUUUGACCAUAUUGGAUAUGAUCACUGUGGAGGGUAUUGGUGCCAGAGAAAUGCUGCGUGUAGGGGGAAGACUGCCCGGUAUAGGAGGAUCUUUAAGAUUCAAGGUUCCAGAGUCCACUUUGAUGGACUGCAGACAACAGCUUAAAGAAGGCAAGCAAAUAUUGUCAAUCACAAAAAACUUCAAGGUUGAAAAUAUUGGAUCCCUGCCCAUAACCAUUCAGUCUAUGAAGAUAAAUGGAUACAACUGUCAGGGAUUUGGGUUUGAAGUUCUAGAUUGUAGCACAUUCACUCUCAACCAAAAUACUUCACAGGAAUUAAGUAUUGUGUUCAUUCCAGACUUCACAUCAUCAUGGGUAAUCCGUGAGUUGACUCUUGUGAGUGCUUCCAAUCUAGAGUUCCGCUUUACUCUCAAUGUGACUCUUCCCCAUCAUUUGUUACCUCUGUGCGCAGAUGGAGUGCCGGGACCAAGCUGGGAAGAGUCUUUCUGGAAACUCACUGUUCUUUUUGUCAGUUUUUCUCUUCUUGGUGUGAUAAUAAUAGCCUUCCAGCAAGCACAGUAUAUUCAAGCAGAAUUUUUAAAAUUGAGACAUCGCAACAGCACAAACUCUAAUUGCCAGCAGAUUAGUAACCCUGUUGACACAAUCACGUCUGAAUCCUACAGGAGCAGUUGUAAAAGUUUUACAGACUCUUGCAGUCCUCCUGAUAAAGGCAAAGGAAAGGGUUUUUUAGCGGUUAGUGCUCCACCGAGUCGUAGUCAAAAUGCUUCCAAAAGAGGACCUGCCUCGUACAGCCAUUCUCAAAAGAAACACAAGUGCUCUGUCUACUACAGCAUAAAGCAAAAACAGAGUAGUGCUGCAAGCGGUGCUGCCUCUGCCUGUGAUACAAGUCAGCAGCCAGUAUCUGACACACGGCCUUCCUCACCAAAGGAUUCACCAUGCAAUGAUACCCUGAAUGAGAAAUGGCCGGACUUAAAAUCUUCAGACAUAACCGAUACUAGUGGUCAAAAGCACGCACCCAGCCCAGCCAGCUCUCUGGGCAAAGAGGAACCUGCAUUGCAAAACACACUUCUCCCUCAAAGGACUGCAAGUGAAAGCACUUUGAAGGAGGAACCAAUUUUAUGUAUGUUUCCAAUGGAAACGAACUUUAAGACUUCAGAAAGUGUAUCUGAGCCCAAGCAGCAGAACACCUGUAUACCUGCACCUUGCAAAAUGGUGGAAAAUCACCUUCCACGGAACCUGCCACAGAAUACCUCCAGAAAGAUGGAGGGGAAUGGGUUGAGGAUUCAGCAUGAUGCACACAGAGAAUGUUCUGAAACGUCAAGAAAGGCAGCAGUCAGAGACACCUCCACAGAAAAGGCCGUUCGGAAUACCCCCAGAGAAGAGAGAAUCUGUGAGAGAUUAAAUAUAUCCUCUGUAAAGCUUGAAGAGCCCAUUAAAAGAAGAAGCCCUGUGGAUAAAAGUAAUGGAAUAUUUCCAAAUUUAAAUUGGAGUAAAAAUAGAGUGCCAGCCAGAAAAAGUAAAAAGAAGAACAACCUGUACCCAGUGAGAAGUACAGAGCAAAAUGACUUAAAACACAAGCCUGAAAGGAAAGAGUUAAGAGUUCAGAACAGGGUAAUAAAUUGGAAUUCUCAAACCACUGGCGAUUGCAAAGGAGAACAGAAACCUGGAAGAUUGCCACCGCGUGGUGACACAGAAUGUUAUCAGAUCCUCAAAAGGAAAUGCACGGAUAAGUUUUCAUCAGACUCUAGCUCUGACUGUAGCAGUACCCGUGGAAGUGUGAGGGCGAGCCGUGGUAGCUGGGGAAGCUGGAGUAGCACUAGCAGUUCUGAUGGAGACAAGAAAAAUGUACUCCCUAAACAGCACUAUUUCCCACCAAGGGACAACAUGUCACAAAAUGGUUUUAAUACAGAGACCCCAAUUCAUCUUAAUCUUUCUCACAGCAUUUGCAAUACAAGCUCAGAUGUAAAUACCAUCCCACAUUACCCAGAAAUCUUAUCUCCUGCAUUUACAGAGCUUUCUGGUACUGAUAAGAACAAAGGUCUCUAUCCUCAGGAUGAUGUGUGGUCUGGUCAACCUGUAUGUUUGACAAAUGAUUUGAAUUACAAUGUUGAGAGCACUGUAACAUGUGUUAUGCGAGACCCUCCUUCUGUCCAAAAUCGUUACCUUAAUUGGAAUGGCACAUGUGAUGGGCGGUUUUCCAACAUGUAUGGUUCUCUUGAGUUAAAUGACUUCAGCUCAUAUACUGAAGAAAACAUGAAUUACCACAAUGACUUCUCAUGUUCUGAAGUUCAAAACCCAGCGUUCAUUGAUCACCAGUGUCAAUCAACUUGGAAUAUGAGUGGCCCAGCACCUCCACCUCCUCCCCAGACACCUACUGUCCCUAGCACCUGGGAGUCUGCAAGCUACGUCAGUGCUUCUCCUUACCUUUCAAGCACCAGGAGCUUAUCACCCAUGUCAGGACUAUUUGGUUCCAUCUGGGCUCCGCAGAAUGAUGUUUUUGAUGGGUACUGCCCUGUGAGUAGUUCUCCUCCCCAUUCAGACCACAUUGGAAACCACUCUGUGAUGUGCAAGCAGGAUUACUCUUCCAGAUUUAAUCCUUUUCAUGCUUAUAUGAACCUGGACAUUUGGACCGCAACUGCAAACAGGAAUGCAACUUUCCCAGUAUCGAGGGACCCUGGAUACUGUGGGAACAUGUGAACUGAAGUCAAUUCAAGACAAUGUGAAUAAAAAUGCUUGCAGUUUUUGAUCACUAGAGUGAGCAAGUUGUUGGAAUAGAGUACCUGGUGAAUAUUUUGGCACUUUUUUAUGGAUAAUAAAUUUUUUUUACUG